AUGUCCGUAUCAGCGGAGGGCGCGGCGAGCGCGACUACGAACAAGUUCGUUACUGCCCUCGUCACCAAUCUGGGCCUGCUCGCCGUUGAGGUUGGUGCAUUCGUGGUUCUGAAACAAAGGUUCGGGAGAAUAUACCAAGCGAGAACCUAUCUCCCGCCGGUCGACAAACGAUCGCAGAAACUGCCAAGCGGGCCAUGGCGCUGGGUACCAGCCAUCUUGCACUCGCCCUUGGAAGAUAUUAUACAUAAGAACGGGCUCGAUGCAUACAUGUUUCUCCGAUAUAUCCGACUACUCAUCAUCAUAUUUCUUAUAUUUACCUUACUUACAUUUCCUAUCAUCAUACCCCUCGACGCGAUCGGAUUGGACACGGGGAGGACUGGGCUGGAUAGGAUAACAUGGUCGAACCUGGCCGACUCAGACGAGCAGAUUCGCUUUGUUGGCCAUAUAAUACUUGCGUAUCUCCUCACAGGCAUAGUCGUGUUUAUGAUUCGUCGGGAGAUGAAUCAUUUCGUACACAUGCGCCAUCAAUUCCUUCUCAGUGAAUCCCAUUCAAGGCUGCCGCAAGCACGAACCGUCCUCAUUACCGCCGUUCCAGAUGAGCUGGGAGACGAGCAUGCCUUGCGAACGUUUGCUAGCUUCACGCCUGGCGGUGUUGAUCGCGUGUGGUUAUACCGAGAUACGAAGGCUCUAAACAAAAUCUUUGAAGAGCGCCGGAAACUUUGCACGAAACUCGAGAAAGCCAUAUCGAAGCUUCUGCGCAAGGCUACAGAAACGUGGCGAAUUCGGGAGAGAGUCCAUAAGAAAGACGUGAAGUUACGGAAGAAGCAGCAAAAGAAAAUGAAAGAUGUGGAGAAGGAUCAUAACCUUCUGCCUCAUGAGUUGGAACGACCACCUGCCUCGUUCGAGUUGCUAGACGAACUAGUUCCACGUGGGGAGAGGCCAAGGCAUAGAGUUGGCCUCUUGGGAUUGAUUGGACGGAAAGUGGAUACCGUCGACUGGUGUAAGGAGGAAAUAUCUAGACUGAACAUCGAAAUCGGGGAAGCCAGAAGCCAUGUAGUGAACGGAAAGUUCUUGGGAAGUGCGUUCAUCAGGUGUCGUUUACAAAUGGGUGCCCAUGUAUUAGCUCAAUGCGUGAGCUUCCAUGAGCCGAAUACCAUGUACAACAAAUGGAUGGAGGCCCAUCCGAAGGAUAUCGUGUGGAGGAAUCUAGACGAUGGUGCCCUCGAGAUGAAAUGGAGAUAUGUUACGUCUUGGGUGGCGACUGUCGGGUUGCUCAUAGCUCUGUCUUUCCCAGUGGCUUUUGUGGGGACGUUGAGUAAUGUGGAUAAUCUCUGCGAGAGAGUGCGCUGGUUAUCAUGGGUCUGUCGCGUACCAAAGCCGCUUCCUGGACUGAUUCAAGGCGUUCUUCCACCAAUCCUGUUGGCUAUUCUGUUUGCGCUAUUGCCAUUCAUACUUCGAGCGCUUGCCUGGUACGAAUGUAUACCGCGAUACUCGUUAAUGAGCGUCAGUGUAUACAAGAGAUUCUUCUUGUUUCUGGUCAUCGACGGUUUCUUGAUCGUGACCAUAACAUCGGGUAUCACAGAAGCCAUCGAAGAUAUCCUGGAGCAACCCACCCAGACAGUGUCCAAGCUUGCUCAGGAGUUGCCAGGGGCUUCAGUAUUCUUUUUGACAUACAUGAUCACGCAAGGCUUAGCUGGGGCUGGCGGCGCGUUGAUUCAGCUGAUGCCCCUCAUUCUGCACUACAUACAGAAGUGGUUCUUGGGGCGUACACCGAGACAAGCAUAUAGGGUGAACUAUCUUAUGCCUGCUGCGGAUUUGGAAACCAUCCUUCCCCGGUUGUCUCUCCUUGCCACAAUCGGUUUCGCGUAUAGUAUUAUUGCACCGCUUAUUAGCUUGCUUGCACUCGUUUCGUUCAUCAUGUUCUUCAUAGCAUGGAAGUUUUUGUUCACCCAAGUCUUCGACCAGCCAGACGAAUCGGAAACUGGUGGGAUGUACUUUCCUAUGGCCAUGUCCAACCUCUUCAUCGGUUUAUACAUCAAACAAAUUACCCUCGCCUGCCUCUUCUUCUUGAAGAUAUCCGUGUCCAAAGAGACAUCCUUGGCUGGAGGCAUUCUGAUGAUAAUUCUGUUCGUGUUCACUUUGAUGUCCCAGCUCUUCAUAAAGAAUAGCUUUGAUCCUAUCUCACAAUAUCUGCCCAUGUCGCUCGCGACAAAGAAGAUCGAAAAGCGAUACAAUGAAGCGAGGGAGACGCAGUUGGGAAUGGCAACGAGAAAGUUGGAGGAGAUAGACUUGUUCAGCCGAGAUCGCAUUCGAAGUGUUCGCAAGACCAUCAAAGCCCUCCCCAAGAAGAUUGAUCUUACGAUAGAUGUGCUCAGGGGCAAGGCCAGAGAACACGACGAAGAUACGGCGCCUGGUAUACCCAAUGAUGCAGAGAAGCGCGACCAGGAGAAAGAUACCGCGAAGGUCGAUAUCAAGGAGGCUGAUAUGACGGACAUGGCUGAGAUGGCGAACGAGAGGACGUCGGACGAUUCUACCAUCGCUGCGCACGCGACAGGCGCUUCACAGAGACAUCAGGGUAUGCCAAUGAUACAUCGAACAACCUCCAGCGCCGGCUCGAUCAAGUCUGCAAAAUCGGGGAAAAGCGAUGGCUUUCAGAAGUCUGAACUCAAGCGCAGAAGCUCCAUUCCAGUCUUUGAGCCGGCACCAGCGCCGAUGCCGCUCUCCGUAACUGAGAACGACGCCAACGAGGACGACGAAGAUCUAGCUGACCAGUUGAACGAUAACGCUUUUGACCAUCCCUCGAGCUACGUCGAACAACGCUGGAUAUGGAUACCCAAAGAUGAAUUGGGGCUGAGCGAGCUGAUAGUGGCUGAUUUGAAGGCAGCUGGAGUCCAUGCCAGCGAUUUAGGCUCAACAAUGGAUAAAAGGGGCGUCGUGGAGGUUACGAGGAGUCCACCCGAAGAGGAUGAGUAA